AUGGAGCUCUCGGCGAUGGGCGACCGCGUCUUCGCCGCGGAAGCCAUAAUGAAGCGCCGCGUCCGAAAGGGGAGACUUGAGUAUCUGGUGAAAUGGAAGGGAUGGGCAAUGAAGGACAGCACCUGGGAGCCGGAAGAGAAUAUUCUGGAUGACAGGCUGAUACUAGGCUUUGAACAAAAAGAACGAGAGCGGGAACGCAGCGGGCAAAAGAAGCGGGGGCCGAAACCCAAAAACCUAGUGAUGAAGCCUCAAAAAGGAGAAACAAGCACUCAAUGCACAAAAUCUCGCCAGGCGACACCACGCUCUGCCGCCGCCAGCCGCACCGCUCCUUCCUCUUCUUCGCCUCACCCUUUAGCCCCCACGUCUCCCAAGCUCAACUCUCUGGCCGCGACCCACAAAUUGAAGAAAGACAUUCACCGUUGCCACCGCAUGUCCCGCCGCCCGCUGCCCCGCUCGGACCCCAUGGCGUCCUCUUUCUCCGGGUCCGGCGGUUUGCCGUCCCGCCCUCACGCUUCGCCUUUCUCCGAGACUGUGCGCAUCCUCAAUCGCCGCGUGAAGCCCCGCGAGGUCAAGCGCGGCCGUAUCAUCCUCAACCUGAAGGUCAUUGACAAGCCGGGUCGCGGCGGCUCGACGGGGGGCGGCUCUCGGAGUCUCCCGGGGGGGCGCCACAACAUCCCUUCCCGUAAUCGCAUCAUCGGGAAGAAGGGAGAGGCUCCUUAUAGACCUUUCCAGCCCCCGCUGAAGAUGCUCGGCUUCCCCAUGUAUGGGAAGCCUUUUGGCUUGCAGUGCGGCGGCCCUCUGACCUUUCACCCUCAACCAGUGUCCUGCAACGGCAGGAACACCUGUCCUGCCCCGUCCCAUUUGCAAGCUUCUUCACCACCUUCCGAACCAAGUGGGAACCCUAAUUCCUCCCAAUCUGUUCCGCCGUCUAGCGAGCCGCCCCAAUCCAGCAAAAGUCCUACAGAAUCUCCAAAUAUCCCCCAAUCUGCUCCUUCCAACCCCACUGAGGACGCCGGGGUCGCCUCCCUACCUCAGAGCGGGGGCCCCCCGGAAGAAGCUAGGGUGCCCGCCGAGGGCGACCCCGACUGGCACCCGCAAAUGGGACCGAGCUGCAAAGAUGUGGUGGUCACCGACGUCACCACCAACCUGGUCACCGUCACCAUCAAGGAGUUCCCAUCCCCCGCCUCGGGCCCCGCCUCUCCCGUCUCUGCAGAGGGCAGCGCUUCUCCGACACCUUGCGCCGCCCCUGAUAUCCCAAAGACCACCUCCCCCAAGCCAUAA